GGAAAGAUAAUAAAUAAAACAAAAUGAAUAAAAGUCUUCUGAGAAAUUAUAUGAUUAUACUUCCUUGUGAUUUUUAAAUUCCAAGAAAGAAUAUUUUACUUAGUUCCUACAGAUCUUGAAUUUAUGUUUUAAUACUCGAGUAGCCAGUUGCUUGAGGAUACCUCAGAAUGGCACCCCGCAAGGGCCUCAGUGAUACAGAUCCAACAUCAUUCUCAAAUCCAGAUAAAGUGGUUGUCACAGACAUUGAUCUAGAUCUUGAGGUGGACUUCAAACGUCAUGUUCUAGCUGGUGUGGUUAAUCUCUCUCUUAAAAAGCUUAUUGAUGGUGUAGAUACAGUGAUUUUAGAUACGCGUGAUGUGACAGUUCACAGUGUGAUAGAUAAACAGACAGGUCAACAGCUUGAAUUUGUUUUGGGAGAGAAAUUGCCAGCUUUUGGAUCAAAGCUGGAAGUAAGACUACCGACAACAGCUCAAAAAAGUUGUGAUAUUACCAUAAAGUAUGAGACUUCACCAGAAUGUAGUGCCCUGCAGUGGUUACGUCCAGAACAAACUGCUGGAAAAAGACAGCCAUACCUGUUCAGUCAGUGUCAGGCUAUACACUGCAGAAGUAUGAUUCCUUGUCAAGAUACACCAUAUGUUAAAUGUCCAUACACAGCAAAGAUUACAGCUCCCAGUGAAAUCAAGAUUUUAAUGAGUGCAUUGCUGGAGAAGUCCGAGCCAAGUCCAGAUACUGGGAAGACUGUGUACAGUUUCAGACAGAAAACACCAAUGCCAAGCUAUCUCAUUGCCAUUGUAGGUGGAGAUAUUGUCUCCAGGAAACUGGGACCAAGAAGUCACGUAUGGUCAGAGCCAGAAUUAGUGGAAAGAUCAGCAUUUGAGUUUGAUGAGACUGAGAAAAUGUUAAAAACAGCUGAGGAUCUGCUUGGCCCCUAUGUUUGGGGUCACUAUGAUCUUUUGGUACUACCCCCAUCUUUCCCAUAUGGUGGAAUGGAAAAUCCUUGCCUCACCUUCGUGACUCCAACAUUGCUGGCAGGAGAUCGUUCUCUGGCAGAUGUUGUAGCGCACGAGAUUUCCCAUAGUUGGACUGGCAAUCUGGUAACAAAUAAAACAUGGGAUGAUUUCUGGCUGAAUGAAGGAAAUACAAAGUUUGUGGAGAGAAAGAUUGUAGGAAAUCUUAAAGGAGGUGAAAAAUUACGACAGUUUCUUGCACACAAAGGCUGGACUAUAUUGACUGAAACAGUUGAUGUACUGGGUAGGGAGCAUGCCUAUACAAAGUUGGUACAGGAUACAAGAGGUGUAGACCCCGAUGAUUCAUUCUCUUCCAUACCUUACGAGAAAGGACACGCCUUUCUGUUUUACCUUGAACAGCUCCUUGGAGGACCAGAUGUAUUUGAGCCAUUUAUGAAAGUAUAUAUAGAGAACUUCAAAUACAAGUCAAUAACAACAGCAGACUGGAAAGAUUUUCUUCUCUCGUACUUCCAUGAACAGACUGCAGCAGGAGUAUUUGACAAUGUGGACUGGGACGGUUGGUUGUACGGGGUAGGGAUGCCGCCAGUCAGACCUAGAUACGACAUGACUAUGGCUGAGAGUUGCGAGACACUUGCUAGGAGAUGGUUAGAUAGUAGUGAGGAACAGCUUACAGAUUUCACCUACAGUGACAUAGAAAAAUUCUUACCUGUACAAACUGAACAGUUCCUUGCAACAUUCCUAAACCACACACCACUGUCACAUGCCAAAAUUGUCAAAAUGAGGGACACAUACAAAUUCAGUGAAGUUCAAAACUCAGAAAUUAAAUUCCGGUGGUUACGUGUGUGUAUUCGAGCGCAAUAUGAACCUGCAAUACAGCCAGCAUUACAGUUUGUUACAGAGCAAGGCAGAAUGAAAUUUGUGAAGCCAAUUUACAGGGAUUUAUACAACUGGGAAACAAGCCGGGCUCAAGCCAUAUCCACAUUUGAAGCAAACAGGAACCAGAUGCAUAGUACUACAGCGAACACAGUUGCAAAAGUCCUGUAUCCAGAAUAAGUCAUUUCAUCGACAUUAUUCACAGAUAUACUAGUUAUUUUAAUCAGUAUUGACAUUUUUAGAGAGAAGUUCAGAAGUCGAAUGUAAACAGAUUUUUUGACAUUGACGGUGCAAGUGUAUUAAUUAAAACAACUGUUACUGAUAAAAACAAAGAUACUGCUGUUCCAUAUCAUUAUUUUCUGAAACAGAAAUCAGUAAUUUUAUGCUUCAGUGUUAAAGACCAUGGAGGCAAAGUUUUCAAAUAGUCUGCCAAUCAUUCUAUCUAUCCAUCUUAACCUUUACCCUGCUAAAUUUCCAAAAUGGAUUGGUCCAUCUUUCAAUUUGGGCAGUACCAUUUAUUAUUUCAAGGGGCGUUGACUGAAAAUUUACUGACUGAACAGUGAACACUGGCCGCAAAGGCAUUAUCAUUUGCCGCCAGUAGGCUAAAGAUUAACAUUCUUGUUUACUACUAGACAUGUCAAACAAUCAAGAUUGGUCUUAAACCUUCAUAAAAACAGUAUUUAAGAAGUGAUGUUGCACAGAUCUGGUCACAUGAAAUUAAAUUGUCAAGAUUUUUUUUUAAAAAGUGAUAUUUUCAUCACAUUGCCAUACCUUAACUUGGCUUAUCUGUAUGCCAUGUUGUUGUUCUGUACACAGUUGACAAUGACAUUAUUUUGGAACAUAUUUUGUAUUACCAAUACAUGUACUUAAAAUGUUCAUACUUUUUUUUGAAAAAUACAAACUGGCCACAUUGUCAUUAACAAAAUAACCUCGGAAAUCAAAAAAGUUUAACUAAAGAUAAAUGAAAAUAUCAAUUUGUAGGCUGAGAACUAAAUAUACCCCAGUAUUCAUUAAGCAGAAAGUAUUUGGUCAGAAAUCUAUUGAAAAGAUUUAUUAAAACAGCAUAUUUGAUUUUAGAAGAUUGUCUUUAUGACUGUCUUUUAUACGACUGUUUCUUGAAAGACAUUAAACCCAAACACACACACUGUCCUUCUUAUUACAAUGUUUUUGUGUUGUUCAAAUUUAUAAUUCAUAUUCAUCUGUUUGUUUAGGGAGAUGGGAUUAAAAGUGUGAAAAAUGUGUGAAAAAAAGUGUGAAAAAUGUGUGAAAAAAGUGUGAAAAAUGUUGUUAAAUUUUACUGAUUAAAGAAGUACAUGUAUUUUCUUUUUUAUGUUUAUUUUUCAUUGUGCGAGGGACCGUCACCCAUCUACUUCCAUCUAGAAUGUCAUUAUUACACAUUUGGAACAGGGAUAUAGUCUUGUUUUUGCUUCAUAUUUUAUUUCUGAAUCUCUGAAUUGUUUGAAUACAUUCCAAAUCAGACUUUCAUGAAGAUUUUUAAUUAUUUCCUUGAUUUUUGCUUAGAAACAAAUUGCAAGAAAAAAUGCAUUUUUUUUCAUGUAAUGCAAAACAUUACCAUUGUUUUUUGUUUUUGUUUUUUUUUCAUUUUAUAUCAGUUAUCAGAAUUGUGUAAAAUGCAAAAUGCAUAUUAUGUCAUGUACAUGUAGGAUAGAAAGACAAAUAAAAUAUUUUUGCUAGUGCAGUGAUGAAAGGUAAGGGCACCAUUAUGACACUCGGCAAUUUCCUUACGAUUCCAUUAUUCUCAUUAGGCAGUUCUGCAUUCUCUGGUCCUAGUUCGACACAAACAGGACUUUCUGUGUAAUACAGAGAAUGCCGAAUUUGGCGAUUGACAUUACUGGUCAAAAGAAGAGUGACAAAACAUAUAUGAUUUGUUUAAGAUUUUGUUUUUCCAUGUCUGUUCUUCAUUUCUACAUUCUGAAGUUGUGUUUUUUUAUAUUAUUAAGCUGAAUAAUAAAACUUUAAAUAUUAUAUAUCA